AUGGUUCCAAUUGCAACAAAUACUGGUAGUAGUGAAAGCUUAACCAAUGGUGAAAAUAUUCCCUUAGGAGAGUAUCUUUUCUUAAGAAUAUGCCAGGCUAAUCCCAGACUCAAGUCUAUCUUUGGUAUACCUGGUGAUUUCAAUCUUAACUUGUUGGAACAUUUAUACACCAAGUCUGUUGCAGAAGACAAGAAAGUACGUUUCAUCAACCUUUGCAAUGAACUCAAUGCUAGUUACACGGUCGAUGGGUAUGCCAAAGUUAUUGAUGGUCUCGCGGUUCUCAUCACUACUUAUGGUGUUGGAGAGUUAUCUGCUAUCAAUGGUGUGUCUGGAGCAUUUGCUGAGUUUGCUCCGGUUUUACAUAUUGUGGGAACAACUUCAUCGAAACAAAUGGAAUUUGCUGAAUCUUCCAGUGGUGGAAAUGUGGUUAAUAUCCAUCACUUGGUACAGAACAAGAACCCUUUGUGUGCUCCAGACCAUAAUGUGUACAAGAAGUUGGUCAAUGACGUUUCAAUGGUCCAAGAAAGUCUCACUAAAGAGGGAAUAGAAGAUGGAACAAACUUGGAAAAGAUAGACAAGGUAUUGCGGGUUAUUUUGGCAGAAUCACGCCCAGGCUACUUGUACAUUCCUAGCGAUAUACCCGAUAUGAUGGUUCCUUCUUCUAGGCUCUCGGAACCAUUAGAAAAAGAAGCAGUCGUUGAUCAGGAAUUAUUGAGCACAAUUACCAAAAGGAUCUUGUCCAAAUUUUACAAUUCGAAAAGACCUGCGGUACUUGGAGAUACAUUAAUAACCAGAUUUGGACUUCAGAAAGAAUUUGAAGAGUUUGUUGCCGAGCUUCCAGCAAACUUUGUUCGGUUAUUUUCUACCAAUAUGUCUCGCUACUUGGAUGAAACUUUACCUAAUUUUGUGGGUACCUACUAUGGCGCACUCACUUCUAAUGCGGAUGUGAGAGCUGACUUGGAGUUGAACACUGACUUCUUGAUCACUUUCGGCUACAUGAAUGUGGAGACUAAUACCGGGGUAUACACGCAGAACUACAAGUACAUUGACGACUAUGUCGAGAUCCACCCAGACUAUAUUCUUAUAGAUGGUGAGUAUAUCGUCACCAAGAAUUACAAGACAGGUGAGAGAAAGUUUUCAAUGGGACAUUUAGUUCAAGAGUUGUGGCUGACGUUGGAUUCUUCAAGAUUUGUGCACAAUAGUAAAACCAUCAACAACAUUUCCUUUAAGUCUUCGCCAACCAAACAGCAUACAAAGGAAAGCAAAUCUGGAAGAAUUUCACAAACAAAGUUGGUUGAUUAUUUCAACGAGAGUCUUCAAGAAAACGAUAUCUUGAUCGUUGAAACCUGUACAUUCAUGUUCUCAGUUCCUGACUUGCACUUCCCCAAAGGAGUUUCGUUUUACUCUCAAAACUUUUACGGAUCCAUUGGUUAUGCCUUACCAGCCACUCUUGGUGCCUCUGUUGCUGAGUACGAUCUUGGAACCAACAGAAGAAUUAUUCUUGUGGAGGGAGACGGGCUGGCACAGAUGACAGUGCAAGAAUUGUCAACCUUCUUGAGAUACGAUAUUGUACCUCCCAAGAUAUUUUUGAUUAACAACGAGGGAUAUACCGUAGAAAGAGUGAUUAAGGGUCCAACGAGAAGUUACAAUGACAUUCAAGAUUGCUGGCAAUGGACAAAGCUUUUUGAAAUAUUUGGAGAUGUUAAUCACGAAAAGCAUUCGAGCAUAAUCUUGAAAACUGACUCUGAUUUGGAUGAGUUUAGCAUGAGCGAUGACUCAAAGAUACAGUUCAUUGAACUUUCCAUGGAUAAGCUUGACUCGCCAGAAAGGUUACACCAGAUUGCUACGAGGAAGUUUGCUAGUCCACUUACUAGAGCCUGA